CCAGAGAAUGAAUCUCUGUUGGAGAACCUCAAUCUCAUGGGAGUUGAUGUGAAGAGGGCACACCAGCGUCAGCCUGGGGUAUUUCGAAAAGCCUUUACCAAUGAGCAAGGCGUUGCUCAGUUUUUGCAAGACAGAGGUGUCAACCGUAAAGUGGUUGCCAGCAUCAUAUCCCGUUAUCCCCGUGCUAUCACCCGCUCGAUUCAACACUUGGAACAGCGCUGGGAUUUGUGGAGAAGCAUCUUCAAGACGGAUGAAGAAAUUGUGAGCAUCCUGGCUCGCUCACCCGAGUCUUUCUUCCGCUCCAGUAAUAAUAGCAAUUUGGAGGAAAACAUUGAUUUUCUGACCUCGCUGGGACUGAACACCAAAGACCUUCACCGGUUGCUGACCACAGCACCACGGACAUUCUCCAACAGUUUAGAGCUCAACAAGCAGAUGGUGGAGUUCCUGGAAGAUAUCUGUGCAGAACUUGGUGGGGAGAAUCCAGAGCAGUUUGCUAAAGCUAUCAUAUCAAGGAACGUCUAUAUUCUCAUUAGAAGCACAAAGAGAAUCCAGACAAACAUUGACAGUCUGAGAGCUUCCCUAAAUUUAAGUAACUCAGAGUUGCUUGCUUUUCUUCAGGGCCCUGGGGGAGAAAUUCUAAGCCUUUCCAAUGAGUGUAUGAAAAAGAAUUUCAGCAUCCUCCAGGAGAAGAUGACUUCACUUGGCUGUCAGAAAGCUGAUAUUAAAAAACUGAUUAUGAGCUAUCCAGUGAUUUUGUACAUUGGACCAAGCACAUUGAACACUAAACUGGAUUGUCUCCUGAGAGGAGGAAUAACAAUGAAGCAGAUAAUAGAAAAGCCCAAGGUUUUGGACUACAGCACACAAAACAUUACAAGGCGACUAGAGGAGCUGAAGACAGUGGGAUAUGACUUCCAGAAGAAUGGCAUCAGCAUCCUGGACUCGAGCAGAAAGCGGUUUAUUGCAAAGCUACAAAAACUUGGUGCCACACCACAUGACCGAAUGCAGUUACCUGUAUUGUAAUGUUACAAUCUCAUGUGAUUUGGUUUCAACAUUUAUUCAUUCAUUUUGUCACUAAAAUAUCACUUCUGACCUUCCUGAUGUCUCAUUUGUAAUAUUUCAAUGUACUUUGUUUUGAAGGGCUGCAACUCACAAAUAUUUUUAGUGUUUUCUGCAAAUACUUUUUUUGAUUGAUUAAACAAAAAAAUUAUUAAUCAGUAUCUAAAGUGUCAGAAUGUCAGUGUGAAAAUUAGUUUCCUAAAGCUCAUAUGUUUCAUGAUGCCUUCGAAUUGCUGGCCUUGUCCAAAACCUAAAGACAUUCAACUUAAUAUCACAUAAAACACUGGAGGCAGCAAAUUCUUAAACCGAGGAUUGGGAAUAUUUGUCUUUUUUGCCUGAAAAUGGAAAAGUAAUUAAAUGACUUUAGAAACAAUUGUCACUUAAUUUUCUCUUGAAGGAUUAAUUGAUGGUUUAUUGACAGUAAAACUUAUUUUUCUAGCACUGAUGAUUGAUGCUUAAAAAUCACUUUUCCUUUAAUAUGCCCAUGCAUUAAGGAAAAAAGUCUCCUGGUCAAGGAUAUAUUAAUUACUCUACAUUUUUGGAAAACUGUUCUUGAAAUGUAUGUGAAGAUGCAGUCUUGAAAUAAAAGUGAUAGCCAAA